AUGAAAAAGGAGAAAGAAGGAAAGAGAGUACUCCAGGCACAGGGUCAACGCAAGUGGAGUGGGUUGUCAAUAAGAAGAGAGGCAAUGAAGGUGAUAGAGGUUAGCACAAUAAGGAAAGAGGCGAGGGCCAAGGAAGAACCUCAGUUCAACAAGAAGAAUGGAAGUGUAUUUUCCAAGAAGAAAACGUUGGUGAAGAGAAUGAUGUUUGAUGAUCUGUUAGAUGACAGCGGAUUUAUUGAUGGAAACAUUAUUGGCAUAAAAACCUCCAUGCUUGUAACUCUUGUCAACAAAGAAGAGCCAAGGUGCAUGGGGGCGUAA